UCUCAUUUUUAUUUCUUCCUCUUCUGAGGUUUCAAUUGUUUUUUCGAGGAUUUAGUCUCUCAGCCUCUCUAGGCUCUACUGUACCUCUACAGUCUCCAUCUUAGUGGUUUUCCUGAAAUUUAUCUCAUAAGAUUUUAUUAUAUCAAGAGGAUUCGUUUUGAGAUAUUCGAUCGCUUCAUCGCCGGUAUCUGCCGAUCUGUUUGCGAAAUUUUCGGUGUUUAAGAACUUUAUAAAAGGAUACCGCAUUAACGCUACAGAGCUUCCUGCGUGAGGCGAUGAGAUGCGGGAUUUGUUAGGGUUUAUGUGGUUAAAUUUGCCGAAAAUGCAGAAGCUUUUAAGUUCUACAAUAUUUCAUUGAAGCAAAGAAACGAUGGUAUUGCAAGAAAAAAAUUUGGAUCUACAGCUUUUCAGGUUUUGAGCAGUUCUUGGCUUAUUUUAUUCAAGAGAUGGCAUUUUCAGAUGGAGUAUCGAAUGCUUUGGAGGAUAUAGGAGUUCGCAGUUUGUUCAGCUGAGUAAUUUAGGAGAAAUUCAUCCAAGACUGCUGCCAUUGCCCUAGUAUUGGAGUUUCAUUUGACCAUUUAGUGUUUUAGUCUUAAUCUGGUAUUGCUUCGGCCAAGAUCAGGUACUUGAUUUAAUUAACUAUUUGUGCUUUUCUUCUUGGCAUGUGGGUUCGACGAUCUUUUCCAAGAAAACCGAAGAUCUGCCACUGUAAUUCGGACUUUCUCGUCUUUCCACCAAUUCUAGAAUCAUCGGCGACGCUCUGUUUCUCAUCCCCAAGAGAAGCGUCGAAAUUGUCAGGGUUUUGUCUGGUUGAGUGAUGAAAUGCUGGACUGAUACUGGUGGGCUGCUUUUCUGUGUCUCCGCUGUAAGUCUCUUUGCAAGGAUUCUUCAAGGGAAGCUGGGUGGGGGAUCUACGAUGGAAGUCUCUAACGGUUCAAAGCUUCAAAGCCGCUUUAUUAUCCAGGGGAUAUCUCUUUAAGGAGAGUGUGAUCUACAAGCCUCUUAAGAUUUUACUGUGGGGUCUUCCUCGAUAAUUCGACCCUUUCUUGCUCUGGAUCUGAGAACACAUUCUUGCUGCGUUCCUUGGGACUUCAGACCUCUGCCACGGUUCUCUCCUUGGUGUGUGAUUUUUAAUUUUGGCUUGAUUACUACUGUAAUUAGGAAGCAUUGAUGGGGCUUCUUGGAAGUCUCGCAAUGCUUCUCUCGUUUCUCUGGAUCGCUUGGUCGCCAGGAUUUGGGGCUCAAUUGUCUGGAGCUUCAAUCAUCCGAGCAAGAUCGCUGGAUACACUUCUGCAAGACUAUGCUUAUAGGGCUUUCGUUCGGCCUCGAACCGGCAUCCCCUACGAUGGAAACCCCCCCUCGAAUUUAACUGGAAUUUCAAUUUCUGUAAUGAGGCUCAAGAGCGGAAGCUUGAGAAAUAGAGGUGUUAAAAGCUACAAGAAAUUCAUGAUUCCGACCGGAGUUGUGGUGCGACCUUAUGUAGAGAGGCUUGUUCUGGUUUACCAGAACUUGGGCAAUUGGUCGACGGUUUACUAUCCAUUGCAUGGUUACAUCUACUUAGCUCCAGUUGUGGGUCUUCUUGGCUACAGCGCUUCCAAUUUAUCUGCAACUAGUUUACCAGAAUUGGAUGUAAGGGCCUCUGGUCAGCCCAUCUUAAUCAGGUUCUCUGGAGUGAAAUCAGUUGCAGGUGCAAGAUGCGUUACAUUUGAUCUACAGGGCAUGAUGAAAUUCAACAAUGUUUCAUCUGGGAAUGUCUGUUCCACAGUUGAGCAAGGCCAUUUCGCCAUUGUAGUGGAGUCUCCUGCACCUUCUCCAGCGCCUGUCCUACCGUCAACACCUCCUGCUCCUUCAAAGAGGGGUGGAAAGAACGAGAGGAAGGUGUGGAAAAUUGUAGGGUCUGUGAUUGGCGGGCUCAUUGUGUUGAUUGUAAUGGCUCUGUUGAUACUGUGGAUUCGAAGAUUCAAACACCGGAAGAAGAUGCAACGGAUGGAGAGGGCGGCGGAUGUGGGCGAAGCCCUGCAGUCAGCCACGGUAGGGAAUACAAGGGCUCCGGUGGCUACUGUGACUCGGACACAACCGGUGCUGGAGAAUGAAUAUGUGCCCUAGGUUUUUGGCAUUUUGUACAAAGGUACCUACAUUCAGUUCAAACCUCCUAGAUUCAUCGGUUCAGAAAUUAUUGAUUCUUGUUUCAUCCAUAUGCGUUUGUCCAGAAAUAUAGUUCUUUGAUUCAUUCUGAGCCCUCUUAGGAGGGGAUUUGUUUGUCUUCUGGCCAUUUUUCCUUUCCUUUUUCUCCCUGUGGUUUUUAUUGUUGUAUGUUGGUUUCCUAUUCCUUCCCUGUCGGAUUGAUCCAGAGAGACGAGAUGUUAAUUAUUUGGGAAUUUGCUAUCUUAUAGAGGCAAGAGUUCGUGAAGGACCAUUGUUA